UCUUGAAUUUAAUGUGAAGUCCAACCAACCCCAACUCUCUUUCUGUCUUUUUGUAGUCAAGUUUUUAAUAUAUACCAAGAGAUGGGUAGCAUCUCUAGCUGAUCAUACUGUAAAAAAGAGGAAGCCACAAUGGCGGUUUACACGGUGAAGGUCGCAGAUUCGAUCCCGGCGACGGAGGAAAGGCCAUCCGCAGGGCCUGUUUAUAGAUGCAUUUAUGCAGAGAAUGGCCUGUUGGAGGUGCCAAAGGGAAUGGAGUCUCCAUGGGAGUUCUUUAGUGAUUCCGUCGAGAGAAAUCCCAAAAACCAGAUGCUGGGUAGGCGCCAAAUCAUCAAUUCCAAGGCGGGUCCAUACGUUUGGCUCACGUAUCGGGAAGCCUACGAUGCUGCUCUCCGAAUGGGUUCCGCAAUGCGAAGCCGCGGUGUCAAUCCUGGAGACAGGUGUGGGAUUUAUGGAUCCAACUGCCCCGAAUGGAUAAUUGCUAUGGAGGCUUGUAACAGCCAGGCCAUUCCCUAUGUCCCACUAUAUGACUCCCUUGGUGCUAAUGCUGUGGAGUUCAUCAUCAACCAUGCUGAAGUUUCAAUAGCUUUUGUUCAAGAAAGCAAGAUACCAGCUAUGCUGACAUGCCUCCCUAAGUGUACCUCAUAUCUGAAGACCAUCAUCAGCUUUGGGAAGAUUUCCAGUUCACAAAAGGAGGAAGCUGAAGAGCUGGGGGUAUCUUGCUUUUCUUGGGAAGAAUUUGCUCUAUUGGGAAGUUUGGAUUGUGAACUUCCUCCAAAACAGAAGACAGACAUCUGCACGAUAAUGUACACCAGUGGAACAACUGGAGAACCAAAAGGAGUUGUUUUAUCCAACGAGGCUAUCAUGGCAGAAGUUCUGUCCACGGACCAGCUACUUUUAGAGACAGACAAAGUGGCUACAGAAGAGGAUACAUACUUCUCAUUCCUUCCUCUGGCCCAUGUAUUUGAUCAGAUAAUGGAAACAUAUUGUAUCUACAAGGGAUCCUCAAUAGGAUUUUGGGGAGCCGAUGUGAGAUAUUUAAUGGAGGACAUUCAGGAACUGAAGCCAACUAUAUUUUGUGGGGUUCCUAGAGUUUAUGAACGUAUAUAUGGAGGUGCGAUUGCUAAAAUUUCAUCAGGAGGUGCAUUGAGAAAGGCAUUGUUCCAAUAUGCAUACAAUUACAAAUUGAGGAAUCUGGAGAAGGGCCUGCGGCAAGAUGAAGCAGCGCCUCGCUUGGACAGGCUUAUAUUUGAUAAGAUUAAACAAGGAUUUGGUGGACGAGUUCGUCUCUUGUUUUCUGGAGCUGCUCCUUUGUCUAGGCAUGUGGAGGAAUUUUUGAGGGUCACCAGCUGUUCUGUCUUAUCACAAGGAUAUGGCCUUACUGAAAGCUGUGGUGGAUGUUUGACAUCCAUAGUUAAUGAGUUCUCUAUGAUGGGAACUGUUGGAGUCCCCUACCCAACCAUUGAAGCAAGGCUUGAGUCAGUUCCAGAGAUGGGAUAUGAUGCACUUUCCAAUGUACCACGUGGAGAAAUUUGUCUGAGGGGAAAGACUUUGUUCUCUGGUUACUUCAAGCGGCAAGAUCUUACAGAAAGUGCUCUGGUGGAUGGGUGGUUCCAUACAGGUGAUAUUGGAGAAUGGCAGCCCAAUGGAGCAAUGAAAAUUAUUGACAGGAAAAAGAACAUCUUUAAGCUCUCUCAAGGGGAAUAUGUUGCUGUGGAGAAUCUUGAAAACACAUAUUCAAGAUGCCCGCUUAUAACAUCGAUUUGGGUCUAUGGGAACAGUUUUGAGUCUUUCCUUGUUGCUGUGGUGGUCCCGGAUAAAAAGGCACUUGAGGAUUGGGCAGAAAACCAUAAUGUGACUGGAGAUUUUAAAUCUUUGUGUGAAAACUUGGAGGCAAGGAAAUACAUUUUAGAUGAGCUCAAUAACACCGGUCAGAAUCACCAACUUAAAGGUUUUGAGAGGUUAAAAGCAGUUCAUUUGGACCCAAAUCCAUUUGACAUAGAGCGGGACCUGGUAACUCCAACUUUUAAACUGAAGAGGCCACAGUUGCUCAAGUACUACAAGGACAUCAUCGAUCGACUAUACAGUGAAGCAAAGGGAACAAAGUCAUGAGAUCAAUGUCGGUACCAAAUAUCCAGAAAUACUACUUAUUGGCAAGCUUGUAUAAUUAAAAUAGAUUUUUGAACAUGAAUAAAGCAUAUGUUACCUUGCCUACAACUCUGCUGAAAUGGACGGUUGGAUAUGUGCUAACCAAGGAGUGUUGGAUAGUGAGUUUCCACCAUGCUUCUAUAUUAAUAAGAGCACUCAAGUUUUUCAUAAAAACAA